UUUUUUUAUUUAUUUAUUUUUUUUGUCAUGUUAAACAAUGAUAAAGAUGUAACCAGCAUACACGAUUACUCCUUUUAUCAUAACAUUUUCCUGUUUAUAAGGAGUUAAAGCUAUUUAACAAAUGUUUUACUUUUAAUUUCUUUUUCUUCCUCUUCUUCCUGUAUUUUGACCUGACUAGUUAUUAUUUAAAAAUGGGUAAAAAAAAAGGACACAAAAAAAGAUACAAUACUUCGCGUAGAAAUAAUCAAAAGAGAACAAAAGUAACAACAAAUGAAGUAAUGACAGGAAAUCCAACUAUCCUUAAUGACAGAUCAGAAGAUAAGAAAGAGCCUUUAAGCCAACAAAGGAUACAAUUAGAUACUGAAGAUAAACCUAAUCUAGAUCAUGAAGUAGACAUUACAACUCAUGAUAUAGAAACUGAGACGAUGAAUAAUGAAGAUACUAAUAACAACAAAGAAGGAAGUGAUAUUGUUGAAGAACUAGAUGCUAUUACAGAUCAUGCAUCCAAUGAUAUACAAAAAGAAAGCUCUAUCAUAGUGAGUGUUUCAACUAAUGUCAGUACAGAAGAAAAUGAAGUGAUUGUUCAGGAAUUAGAUGUAAACAUGACUCAAACAGAAGAGCUUCAUGAUGAUAGUAAUGUUGCAUUAUUAGAAAGGUUAACAGUAAAAGAAGAGGAGCAGGUAGUAACUGUUAAUGAUGUAAGGUUAACAGUAAAUCAAAAUGAUAUUAUCCAAGAAGACAAUUCAUGUCAUGAUAACCAAAUAAUAUCAAAAAUGAUUACUCCUGAAAUUGAAACAACAACCAUAACAUCUACUCCCCUCAUAGAUAAUUCUCCUAGCACUCAUAUAGUUCCAUCUCAGCAAAUUAUAGAAGACAAAAUUGAUCCAGCUCCUUCCCCUGUUGAAUAUCAUGAAGGAACAAUUAGUGUGGAAGAAGAUGGCAGUCAUAGUAGACCUCGGUCAUCACAUCAAAGUAUAUCCUUAACAGAAACAAUUACUGUAACAACUGUUAAUAGUGAUUAUGAAGAAGAAAAAAAUAAAGAUAUCACUGAUUCCUCCAAUCUACGAAAGAGUAAAAAUGUCAGUUUGUCGACAAAAGCCAAAGAAAAGAAUAUUACAAAGAAAAAAUCACAAUUAUUGUUUAAUCUAUUUAAACGAGCUAGUCUGAGUGCUGAUAAGACUACUGCUGCUCCUAUGCCUGAAUUAUCUCAAGAAAAGAAGUUAACAGUAGCCGAAAAAAUGAAGAAAUUAAAUAAGCGUAAAUCCUGGAUGUUUUGGAAAUCCUCUUCUCAACAAAAACAAUAAUAGAAAAUCAUAUACUUUUUUUUUUCACUUUAAUGAACAAUUUGAUAAUAAUGCGACAACGACGCCAGUAAUUAAACAAUGCAAGGGCGUGG